UUACAUUUAAAAAAAAAAAAGAUUUUACUACUGUUAAAUUACUGGCUAGGUCUGAGUCACAGUUGUGUAUUGAUCACUAUGUGCAGAAUACAGUCCAGAAACUUUAUCCUGUUAAAAAGACAGAGAGGUACAGUAUCAGUUACUCUGCUAUAUAAAUAACUCAAAUGUACAAUAGGCAUGGCAGAGGAAUCAAUUGACCCCCAGUCUCUUAUCCCCUUUGCCAUGUGAAUGUGUCUCUGGUGUUGCGUGAUCAAACAAGCUGCUCGAAAGACACUUUAGUCGGGUGCAGAGUCCAGGCACAUGGGGUACUGUAAGGCAAGGAACCUGGCUGGUAUGUGCAGAACAAGCAGAUCUUUAGAGAGGUUGAAAUCUGUGGUUAUAAGUCACCUUGUUUCAUUGCUUUAGCAGUUUUAAAGUGCGAGGCAGAACACCACAAAAACUUAGGAACACACUGCUCCUUCAGGACACUUUUUUAAAAUGGCCACAAUGAUUCCACAUACACCCUUUUGCUGAAACCUGUUCGCUUCCUUCAUUUCUCAUCUUUAAUGCAUGCCUCUACUCUAGUCCUGCCCUUGGUUUAUGUGAUAUAGUGAAAUAAACCUGAAAUACAGUAGGUAAGUAACCCUGCAGCCCUCUCUUCUCUCUGUUUUCACUUAGUGAAUGAGUAUCUGUUCAUGAUGCAAGCACAGAGCAUCCAGUUCCGGAAGAACGUGCGGACGAUUGGAGCCCAGGUUUACGAGCAGGUGGUACGAGGAGCCUACAGCAAUGGCACAGAUUAUCCUUUUGAGUUUAACCUCAGCGAGCCCUAUGUCCAAACCACCACAUUCCUACCUGAAGGCUUUACUUACCUGCCCAAUGAAACCUGUCCUGAGAGACUUCCCUCAAUGAAGGGGCCAGUGGACAUCAAUAUGAGUGAGAUUUCGAUGGGGGAAGUCGAGCAGUCAUUGAUGGGGGACUCUGGUAUCAUGCUGGGGGGGCAUUGGAAACCCCAGGACUGUGUUCCCCGUUGGAAGGUGGCAAUCCUGGUGCCAUUCCGGAAUCGACACGAACACCUUCCUGUGCUCUUCCGACAUCUCAUCCCAGCGCUCCAGAGACAGCGGCUGCACUUUGCCUUCUACGUCAUCGAGCAGGCUGGGACUCAUACCUUUAACCGAGCCAUGCUGUUCAACGUGGGCUUUCUGGAAGCCAUGAAGGAUCUGGACUGGGACUGUGUCAUCUUCCACGACGUGGAUCACAUCCUGGAGAACGACCGGAACUACUACGGCUGCGGGGACAUGCCACGACACUUCGCAGUCAAGCUCAACAAGUACUCCUACCUGCUGCCGUAUGAAGAGUUUUUUGGGGGAGUCAGUGGGUUGACGGUGGAGCAGUAUCGGAAGGUCAAUGGCUUUCCCAAUGCAUUCUGGGGUUGGGGUGGAGAGGAUGAUGACCUCUGGAACAGGGUGCAGAACGCCGGGUACAACGUGAGCCGACCGCAAGAGGAUAUCGGCAGAUACAUGUCCAUCCCUCACCAUCACAGAGGGGAGGUGCAGUUCCUGGGCAGGUACACACUGCUGCGACGUUCCAAGGAGAGGCAGAGCCUGGACGGACUCAACAACCUGAAGUAUCUCCCUCAGGUGACGAGGAAGCCCUUGUACACCAACAUUACCAUCAACUUGACACCAGAGCUGGCUCCUGUCAGCGACUACUGAGCAAGACGCGCAAUGAACAAUGUGUCCACUAGCACAAACACAAACGCACAGACACAGGCACCCCGGCAACAAAGAACAUUCAAAUCACAUAGACACACAGGACAGCUUACGCUGUUCCCCAACUGUUCCAAACUCCACGUACUUGCAUGCAGUCCAAGCACACACACUCCACACGAAAACGCACACAGAGUUUCCGUAUUCAUUUCAGCUCAUACACGCUGUUUACAUUCACAUGGAUGGUGGCAGCAGGUUUGCACAGUUGUAGUUCCAUCUCUUGUGGGACUGAUAAGCUUACUAGACCACCGUCUUCAAGACGUUUCACUGUACUGUGUAGGAGAGGAAGCAUUUAAUAAGAUCAAAAAAUCACGUCCACAGAUUGGCCUAGGCAGCUGGUUCUGCUCUAGAUCUGUAGAUUUAAAAUAAUAAAAAGAAAAGUCUUGCUUACAUUAAAUAGAAACAGUCCAUUUUGAAGGGGGAAUUCAAUGGCCUGUUAAACAUCUUCAAGUAGGAAUGCGUGUAGAGAGAGAUCUGGAAUGGCAACAGAUUUAAAGAGUCCCUCUUUUAUAAGAUGUUAGUUCUCUAUCAAAAAGAGCUACAGUGAAAGUAAACAACAUCCUACAUAAGCCCCUUUCACAAGCGAUAACUGAGCUCCAGUUUUGCGAGGCACCCUGUGUCUGUAUUUGGUGUAAUUGGUCUGCCAGUCUCCCUUACUCUGCACAGAACAACCCUGCUGAGAAUUAGAACACGCCGUGGAGUAGAGAUACAAGUCUACCUCCAAAUUGUGACAAGCCCAGCUUUGACGCACUCUAAGAUUGACUGAAUGGCCUAUCUGUUAGCCAGCUGGAUAUCUCUCAGUAUCCAUUAACAGAGCUAUUGCCACGCUUAUCAUUCAAGUGUGAUGUAACUCACUCCUGCAGUUGUGACUAACUCUGUAACAGAGUUGCUAUACGCUAUAUGACUACUUGAAUUUAGCUGUUUAACAAAACGAUUACACUAUGUAACACAAUUUUUGUUCCUGGGUAGUAAGUGUUAUUUCCUAAUUGCUUAUGCCUCAGAAG